AAACAACUGCCAACAGCUGACAGAUGUAAAUACAAAAUUAUCAUCUACUGUCAACAAGUAAUAUAAUAUAUAGAAUUUUUAAAUAGAUAGUUGUGUACCUAUUUUGUGUUCAAUUCCUAUUUGGUAUAAUUUCUGCAGUCUUAAAUACAGUGUAUAGUAAGUAUGUAUUUAAAAUAGUACUUAACCUAACCUAAAAAUGGAGCCCCAACAAGACGAGCGUCAAACACAACAUGGUUGUUUGGAAUGUAAUUUGAACUAUUCGAACAUAUUUAACUUGAGAAGACACGUAAGGAAAGUUCAUCCGCAGAGUGUUGAUGUUUUGGCACCGAUGAAGAAAACAGACAGCCAAGUAUACAAUUAUUCUUGUUCUAUUUGUACGAGAAAUUUUAGUUACAAGAAAAACUUCAACCAUCACAUGAAAACUUGUCAUGGUGAAUUUCGAUGUAAAGAAGAAUGCGACGAACGUAAUGAGGAAAGUAACGAAAUAAACACAACCCAUAACGAAGUAACAACUUGUGGAGACAGCAAAAGAAUACGAAGAAAAUCAACUAAAUGCCCCAUGUGCGAUUAUUCUGUUGCCAGGAAAGAACAGUUAAUCGAACAUUUUAAAACAUCACACAAUGUUCAAAUCGUCCGCCAGCAAAUCGAGUUCUUCUCCCAACAACAAUUCGAUGAGUGGAAAUGUGAGACUGAAUGUAACAACAACUCGAAGUUUGUUGUUGAAAAGAUUGAAAAAUUAAAAGGCAAGACAGUGAUAUAUUACGCGUGUCACCGAUCGGGAAAUUAUCGACCCGAAGGUAAAGGACUCAGACGUCUCAAAACCCAAGGUUCCUGUAAAAUAAACGCUUAUUGCCCUGCUAGCAUUAAAAAAACUGAACACAGUGCGGAGAAAAUUGACGUUUCGUAUAUAGAAACGCACAUCGGGCACGAAUUAGAGUUACGACAUCUACAGUUAACUAGAGAAGAAAAUAAUUAUUUGGCCAUGAAGAUAGCUGCAAAAAUUCCGUUUGAUAUCAUUCUGGACGAUAUUAGACAGACGAUUUCCAGUGAAGAACUCAAACGAAUUCAUCUGAUUACGAAAAAGGAUUUGUUUAACAUACAACAAUCGUUUAAUUUACCGAGUGUUCUACCAGAAACCAAGGACUUAGAAUCCACUAACGAAAUGGAAGAACCAUCUAAAAGUCCCUUGAUCGUCAUCGAAGAUGGAAAAAGGUAUGAAGUGCAGCUCAAAAAGGAAAUAGCAUUCGAUUCUUUUGAAGAAGAGAACGAGCAAACAGAACAAACAUCUUUGAGAUGUUUUGGUAAUUUAAAAUCGAUCUCCCAACUAGAACUGAUCAAAAAGACUAUGGCCCCUAUUUCGCCAAUUUUGGCAGAUGCACCAAGUAGUGGGACCAGCACGAAGGCGUCUGAAGAUGGCCUUGCAAAGCUCAAAAUGAUAGUUAAAAGGAGACAAAUAUCAGCAAAAAAAGCAUCAAAGAAACGGAAAUAUUCAGCAAAUCAAACCGAGUUUAUAGCCGUAAAUCUUUUGGAUAGUAAUGAAUAAUUUUACUGAUGUUAUUAUAUUAAUAGAAUUACUGUUUUAUAUUUAGUUUAUUAAG